AUGUCUUAUCGUCGUUCUUCGAAUGAUUAUUAUUAUUAUGAUAAUCGCAAUCAAAGUGGCAACAGGUCAGGAAACAUAGUUGACGAAUACAUAAAACUUAUAGUUUUUCAGUGGUCGCAGCGAUAGAACUGGAGUUGUCUAUACUGAUGGUGCUUGUUCGAGAAAUGGAAGAUCCGAUGCUUCAGCUGGAUGGGGUUAUUGUUGGUCUGACAGCAACGGUUAGUUUUUUUUCUUCAACGAAAACAUAUUUGAAACAUUCAAAUUUCAGGAAGAAUCAACCGUGAAUCGCACGGUCCUGUUGAAGGUCGUCAAACAAAUAAUCGAGCCGAAUUAGUCGCAAUUCGAAAUGCUCUCGAAUCAUCACAUUCUCGCAAUUAUGAUCGUGUUGUUGUUCGAACUGAUUCGGAUCUUGCUUGCCGAACAAUGAAUGACUAUGUUCAUAAAUGGGAUCGAAAUGGAUAUACAACUUCGCAAGGAACUCCAGUUGCUAAUCAAGAUGUUAUUCGUCAAAUCAAUGGAUUGAAAAACGAUUUCAAAGAGGUAUGUGAAUUCGAAAACUAACUAUAACUUUUUUCAUGACAUUUUUCCAGGUUGUCUUCCAACAUGUUCCAGGACAUUCUGGACAUGCUGGUAAUGAAAGAGCCGAUCAACUUGCGAGACAAGGAGCCAGACAAUGA